UAUAUUAUGGUUAUCAAGGUUUUUAAUGGCACAUCAACAUUUUUACACAGGACUUAAAUAGGCGAAUGGUUGAGCAGCGACAGAGGGAGAUCCAAACCAUAAAUCAUAAAAAAAGCCUUGACUUCAUAAAAAGUAGUGGUUGUCAACUUGAGUUUGAUGUCGACACUUUAAGAAAAUCUCGCAUUGUGGAAGCGAAAUGCGCGGUAAAAUCUGCCAUCGAACUCGAUCAUUACAAUCUCAAUCAGAGACAACGGAAUUUAAGGCAGUUUUUGGCUGAGGAAGAAAAGUUGCUUUUGGAGGAACAUCACAAUUAUUUAAAGCAUAGAAGCGACAUGGAACUUGAGACAUUGAGACAAAAGGCUGCUGCUAUUAAGAGCCAACAAGAAAAAGAGCGGAAGGAGCUGGUUCACAAAAAACGAGUUCAGCAGUACAAAGAGAACAACGAGGAAGUUCGAAACCUGGAUAAAGAAUUUAAUAAAAAGCAAGUGAUUAAGGAACAAGAAUUGCAAAGGCAGAUGAAACGAGAGGCUGAGGAAAAAAGGUUGAAGGAAGAGGAGGAACACGCGAUUUUUUUUCGCAACCAGAUUCAGGAUGAAUUGAAGCGACAAAUGGAGCAAGAUAUGAAAAGCAGGUGUGAGUUAUUUCAACACACUAGGGCAGCGCUGUCAGAGCAACUUGAUGAAAAAAAGAGAGCGACUCUUAUAGAGUUUGAAACAAGAAAAUCAGAGGAGCUGAAACUGGCCGAAAAAUUAAAAGUCGAAACAGAAUUAGAAAAACAGAAGAAUAAGGAUGAUCGAAUCAAGCUGAAGAAUCACAUUGCUUCUAAUUUAAUGGAGCAAAUUUGUGAGAAAACAGAAAUUAUGAAACAAGAGAAGCAGAGGGAACUGCAGCUAGCAGCGCAGGAAAAAUCCCUGGUAGAUCAUUUUGCCAACAAGCAGCAGCAGGAAAUGACAGCAAACAUGAUGGAGAUUAAACGAGCCAAAGACGAAUCGAGGAGUCUACAGGAAGACCUGAUCAGGCGCAAACUAAAGGAGAAAACAGAGAUUGAAAGCACAAAGAGAGCCGAAAGGGAAAAACAGAUGGCUAAAGAAGAUGAGGAAAUGGAAAGAAGGAGAAAGGCUAGAUUGGAAUUGGAGCAGGAAGUGUAUCGGCUGAGAAAUGAGCAAAUGGUGGAGCGAGAAAAGGAAUUACUGGCUCAGAAAAACGCAAGAGAAAAAGAGGCGCAAAUGAUGGCAGAGCUUGCCGAUCAAAUUAAAAAGGAACAAGAAGAAGAGCGCCGAAAAUUAAUGCUUGCUAAGCUCUCUUACAGAGAAGAUUUAAAGAAACAAAUGGAAUAUGCCAAGCAUUUAAAGGAGAAAAGUUCAUUUGAAGAGAGUGAGAUGGCUAAGCAAAAAAAUACGUCUGAAGAAGACUUCAUUCGUCAAGCAAAACAAGAAAUUGUGGGAAGACGGCUAGGUCUGAAUUAGGGAUAAUAGCCAC